AUGAGUGAACCUGAGGGCAAGAAAGUAACUAAUACAGUUAAUAUUAAUUCAGCUAUAAAACCCAGCGACAAAAAAGUACAAAUUAGAGGAAGAAAACGCAAACGAUUGGAUAGUUCAAGUAGUUCAGACCCAGAAAGUAUGCUUCCAGAAAAUACCCUAGUGAUGGAGAAGAAUUUACACGCUUCAGCUAUCAAAAACAAUUUAGAUGAUGCUAGUGUAAAGAAAAUACUAAAGAAAGUAGUAACAAAUGAUCAUGUUCUAGCUUUAGUAAAGUUAAGAGAAGAAGAAGAGGAAUCUAGUUCAGAAGAAAAGGUUAGACCCAAGCUGACCAGAGCCAAGGUUAAAGAAUUGAUGAAAGUAUCACCAAAGUCUGCACCUUGGAAUUUGGAGAAUUUAGAGCUAACUCCAAUCAAGCACAUUCCAAUAAAGACGCGACCUGAAGUUAAGGCUCUUAUAGCACAAGAACUGCCAGAGGAUGAAGACGACGAUGAGUAUCAGCCAACACAUGAUGAUGUACAAAGCGAUGACGACCAGACUCUGGAAUCAGUUAGCGACAUUGAAUCGCAGCCUCGCACACCCGCGACACCCAACGUUUUUAGUCCCAGAGUUGAGAAAGACGGUCCUUUUAAAGUACCACAGAACAUGACUACACCGUCACGAAGAAAGCUAAACCUUGACGAGGAGGCCACAAUAGCACUUCGUACUAGAUCGAAAUUGAGUCUGUCGGAAACGCCCAUAGAGCACAUAGAGAGUUCGUUUGUUCCACCUGAUGACGUGCCUACUGUUGACGUUGACGAUCCCGUUUGGAACGAGUUUCUGGAGGAAUGUUUGAAUCCAGCAUCCACGUCUUUUGCAAAGAACGAAGAUGACGACGAUGCUGACCCGGAGUAUAAUGUCGCUGCGGACCCUGAUGCGAAUGAUGAUGAUGAAGAAGCACUCGAGAAUAACAUAAUUAAAAUAUCAAAGAAAGAACUCAGUGACUUAGUAACAGAACUGUUCAGCAUUAUGCCGGAAGUGACGACACAGGAUGAACUUGCUGAGAAUCUUACAAAUGACGUUUUCACCGAGAAUAAUGAUAUAGAGAAUAAUAUUUGGAAAGGAAAAAAAGAGCCAUUGUCAGAUGAAGAAAUGUUAAUUAUUGAAGAAACUACUACAGUGGAGAGAAGAAAAAGCAUUACUUAUUUAUCAGUAGGAAAAAGCGAACCGUCAGAUGACCAAACAAAUACUGAAGAAGAAAAUCGCAAAGAACCAGGACAAGAUGAAAGCAAAACAACAACAACUAAUACAACAACAAUACAAUCAACAACAACACCAGUAACUACAACAAUACCAACAACAACACCAGCAACUAGAACAACAAAUACAAUUAAGAAAACUGGCACGGUGUACGUGGAAGAAGAAACUAGGAUAGCUCAGCCGGAGGAACCACCACAGCCACCUCAAGUUUUGCAAACUUGCCAAGUGGAACUUCAGCAGGAACAUACUCCCGUAGUCGUGCAGCUCGACAGUAAUGCUCCCUGCAUUUUACCAGAACAGAUCCUUAUAUUGCAACAACAACUGAGGCAACACAUUCAGCUGUCAGCUUCGAACUUUCUACAGGUGUUUGUUCAUCCGGUGCAUUGGUCUUAUGGCCCACAAUAUAAAGAAUAUUUGGAAACUUUUAAUAAAUUGGUGACUAAAAAUCCUGAUUCAGUAGCCAAUGUGUGUAACUUAAAACCAGCAAUAGAGCUGAUAGCUUCAUGGGAGAAGACCGUCGCCGAAACAACGCCUCAGAACACUGCAAUGGUCAAGUUUAUUCAAGAACAAAUUGAAAGAAGCCGAAGCCGCUGCGCGCAGAACUCGUUGUACGUGGGCGAGUUCCACGAUACGCUGAAGGACGUGGUCGCGAACAGCCCCGUGUUCCUGUAUCCGUACCUGCUGCCCGCGAUGCCAUACCGGGCGGACGUCGUACGCCGCUUUAAGUUCCUGCGCUCCGAGGACGCGCUGAUAGCCCUUGGAUUGGACGAGUUCUGGGAGUAUGUAGAGAUGAACCCGCAGUUAUUUCGCUGCCGUACCAACGUAAACGCGCGUUGCGGUCUGAAGGCGACCGUUAAGUUGCUGUGCCGCUACCUGAUGCCAUGGUGCACACCGCAUUCGCUGCUCGGACACCUGCACUAUGUGCGACGUACCGACAAAGAUAACCCUAUACACAAAUUCUUUGCUACACGCAAAGUGGAGCCAGUUGUACACAAACUGUUACCAUUUAAUCCAAAGCUCACACUGUAUGAACAACCAGAGUAUGAAAUGCCCCGGAUUUGGAUUAGGCAUCUUGCUAAAACCAGUAAACGAUUUAAGUCUUUUCUGCAUCGCCGUACCAAUAUGACUGGAAUGUCUCUAAACGGAGUUAAUAUCGACUUAGGGACAAAGAUUCAAUAUGCUGUGAAGAAACCCUUACCUAUAGAUUUUACAAAACAGAUAUCAAAUGAACCUACGUACCUCUUGCCCAAAAUCGCACCAAAACCACCUGUGCCUGACAAAAUCGAUGUUUACAUCGACAAAAGCUCUGUAAAUACAACCGCACAGUCGGGAGUUGCGAAUGGGAAUAUCAUGAGAAUAAUUAUUGCGAACGACAAGGCGUAUUUGAUUCCCGUUAGUCAAACAACAACUGUUAACUCAGUCUCUGAGCCAAUUUGUAGUGCUGUGGAGAAUAAUUCCCUGGCUAAUUCCAUAGCAAAUGUAGACAGCCAAAACCCUAAAGAUGACUCUGCCAACGUUAAUACCGUUCCCGGAAACGCCAAUGUUGAUAUAACGAAUAUGAGGACAAAUGAAAGUAUUACAGAAAAAGAAAAGUCCGAUAAUGUACAAAAUGUGGCCGCUGGCAAUGCAUCUAAUUCUAAAAAUAUGGCAAAUGAUCCAAAUCACUGUAUGUGUUGUAUUGUUAUGAGGAAAAUUUGUAGACAACGUCAAACCACGAUUACAGAAUUUUUCAAACCGGACUCUAAUAAAGUAAACGUUGCGUGUGCGUGUAGAAGCCUCAGACGUCCCAAAGUAACAAAUAAAUUGAGGUUACUCCUGAAAUAUUAUAAAAGUCGUUCAAUGUACGUGCAUAAGGAUACGAAGUAUGAAUUAGCUCAAUGUGGUGAAAAUGACUUAGAAUAUGCGAAUGUACCUGAAGUUGAAGUUACAGAGUUAGAAGAUUUAAGUGACCCUAAGGAUAUUGAAUUUGUCACGUUAUUUGAACUGAGGCUGUUACUGCGGCUGGGACUAGUCAGGAAUCGGUAUAUUAAGCAAAAAAUUUACAUAUUGCUGUCCAAUUUUGACCAUGAAUCUGAUGACCCUGUGCUUCUAGCAAACUCUUUGGAAAAAAUAUGUGACGUUGAACUUGUUGAUAUAUUUAAAGAGUUCCUCAGAUUUCUGACACCUGAACAAGCGGAAAAAAUAGACAAAUUUAGGGAUUACUUCACUCAGGAAUGUGCUCCAAAUUUGUUGAAGAGGAUAAAGGAUGUGGUAACGGACAAAAGUAAAAGGCACGCAUUACUGUCUCGUCUUAUUACAGCAUUUACCGACAACAAGUCAACAGCGUGCAUGACUUGCAGCGAUCUACUCAGGCUCAUGGACGGGUAUCCUGAAUUAGCCCAGUAUACCUUCUCUUUGUUCCCACAUAAAAGACCAAGACAAAUAGUGCGACCGACUGUUUCUAGAAGUUUGAACGUGGAGUCAAGUAGUACAAUUGAGUCAAGUGUACAAAAUAAUGUUACACGAGAUGAAGAGGACGAGCUUAGGAUAUGUGAUGAAAGUCAAACUGGGAUGGAUUACGAGGAUGACCAUUCGUCAAGUACUGGCGAUGUCAGUGAUACUGAAGAAAAUCAAUUGAACGAAAAUGAGAAUAGUGACCAUAACAAUGCAAAUAAAGAUAGCGAUAGAAUAAUUAAAGAAGAAAGAGAUAAUGCUGAAAAUUAUAAAGGUGAUCAAAACAUGGACUCACCAAUAGAAGAACAGUCCCAGCCGGAAAAGUCGGCAAAUGAUCUCGAUACUAAUGAAUACAGUGAUGAUAGUGAUAUUAAACUUGAAUUAGAAAUAAUAUCAGAUGAUGAGGGAACGGUCAAAAUAGAAAAUCCCGAAUGGCAAAGGUGCGAAGACAAAUUGAUUUUGGAAAUAGUGAAAAAUUCUUUAACUCGCGAAGAACGCAAGAAUAAAACAGUAAAAGAUAUUUUGGAGGAGAAAGAAGUUUUAAAAACGAUAACUGAAAGUCUGUCGCACAAGUCAGCCAAAGAAGUAACUGAGCGUGUGAUGUAUUUAUUAGAAUUGCUGGUGAUUAGCGAAAACGUUUAA